AUGUCGGCAAAGCAGAAUGCAUCCACCUUUGUUUCCACACUAUGCCGGUGCGGUCGGACAUCAUCCAUCAACAAUAAUAGCCAGGUAGCGAGACGGCAAUUGGAAUGUGGCCACUACAUAUGCUCUGAUUGUUGGCACUACAACCAACCGCUUCCGACCCCAGCCUGCAAUACCUGCAUCAUCUACUUACAAGCCCAAGAAAUACCUCGAUUAUCAUUCUACGUAACCGCCUAUAACGACGUGGUGAAGCGUUUCAAGGAGCUCGAAAAGAUUCAUUCGGGGAAACUCCACGAAGUCAAGUUGGCUAAUGAGCAUAUUACUCUGCUCAAAACAAAGUUAGCGGCAUCCCAUGCCCCUGGUAUUGUGGCUUCAAGUUCUCCUCUCUCGCUAGCGCAGCAGCUCCCUAAUAUCUCUACUGUAUCUUCGACCUCCGCGACCAAACCCGCCACGAUUGACUGGCAAUCCGAGAGCGGCAAACAGGUCUCGGCGUAUCUUAUGAAACAACGAGAGACACUGGCAAUGUACCAGAAGGAGUGUGAAUCUCUCAAGAAGCGCGUGGCGGACCUGACGACUCAACUCGAGACUAAGAACCGUCCGACAGAUGAAGCUGUAACUGCGAUCGAGAAGGCUGAACUCAUGGAAGCUGAACUCGAGGGCCUGCAUACGCGCUUGGCUAAAUGUGAGGAUGACUUGGAAAAGGCUCAGGCCGAUUUGGGAACUGCCAACUCACAAAAUCAACAACUUGCGAAAGAGCUUGCAGAUCUGAAGGAGAAGGCUACUCAGCAACGAACCGUUCUGGGAAAGGCCCAGCUCCAUAUUACGAGCCUUCAGAACAGGUGCAAUAAUGCCGAGCGAGACUUGGCAUCUGCAAGAGAAUCUCUGAAGGCCAAGGAUGAGGCAAUCAAGGCAAAUGCUAGAUCGCCACGAGGCGCUUCCGUUGAUCUCCCAGGCUUGGGUACACCUCUUGGAGGACCGAGCAUGGUUUAUGUGCCAACGGCUGCCGAGCUUCAACAAUCUGCUGCAUUACUUACAUCCCUGCAGAGUGAUGUGUCGCGGCUCAACAAGGAGAAAUCAGCCCAUGAACAAGAGAUCAACAAGCUGAAAUCUUCCUUGAAGUCCAAAGAGGACGACAACCAGGUCCUUGGAGAUAAAUUACUCCAAAGCGCAGAGUUGGCGUCUGAGCUUGGAAAACUUCAUUUGGCUGCCAAUUCUCGCGCUGAAUCUGCAGAAGAAAAACUCUUGGAUAUCCAAAAUGAAAUGCAAGAGCUUAGAGAACUUAUGGAAGCCCAAGCGCGGGAGGACAAGGCAACGCAAAACACGGCCAAGAUUGCAAGUGGACUCACAAAAUUGGCCGAAUACCAAUCUCGAAUUGCCCAACUAGAGUCGCAACUCAUCGAGGCUACACGUGCAAGAGAUGAAGCACUUGCCCAAGCCGAAGUGUGGCAAGAGAACCGGAACAAGUGGAAGCGUUGGGGAGAAGUGAUGGCCCUCCAAGCCAAACAGUGGGAGGACGAGGUCUCCAGAGCCAAAAUCCCACCCGCAAAGAACGCUUCAGUUCUCAAGCCGGAAGAACCUCCCGCCUUGUCCCUUGAGGCUCCCGAGUCGGGCAAAUCUCGUAAGCGGCCCCUCGACAUGCCUGACACCGACGUAGACGUAGUUCACGCUCCAGCUCGACCACAAGCCGAUAACAAUGCCCCACUCACAGUCGACUCGGGCGGGGAAGGCGCCGAACGCAAGCGAGCUAGAUUCGCAUCUUGA